UCAGUGACUUAUAGCAGGACUGCGGGAUUGCAGCGGGCAUUCCGACACUGCGGGGGGGAACUAACUGUCACUGACAUCCGCAGUGACACCAAUACAGUGAUCAGUGCUAAUAAAAAGAACUGACACUGUACUAAUGACACUGGGCAGGAAGGGGUUAACAUCGGGUGCGAUCAAAGGGUUAACUGUGUGCUGUUUUACUGUGUGCUGUGUGUGUGUUUUACUGUCUACUCUGCAGCAGAUGAAUGCAGCAAUGUACAGACAUCGCUCUGGACCUUAGAUUGGGGCGACGGUUCAUCUUUCAACAGGAC